CAUCAUUCAUGUCAUAGCGGUAAAAUUGACGAAUCGUCUCUGAAUCAGCAUUGGAUGUUUGUCUUUAUCACAGUAAUGAAUAAUAAUAAUGUGUUUUAUCAUGUGGACUUUGCACUGCUGAAGCAUAAUCCUGCCCCUUAACAACAGCAAGCUGUGGGGGAGAUGGCCCAGAAGCAGCACAGAUCUCUUUUAAACGCAGGUACGUUUCUGGAUUUUCUAAGCCCGACGUCCGGGAAUAGCAGAGAUCGGCGCAGCUCGCAGCCGGCGACAACCCUCGAUUCUCCGGCUAAUCAGUCCGACCUGAGCCCGGACAGCGCCUCCAAUUUGUCGGGGACUUUGACUACACAUUCACCGAAUGGGGUUGAACAUGGCGAGGACGCUGUCUUGGCUUUGACCUCAGGUGAAAUACCGGGACCCUCGACAUCAACAACCAAUCCACCACCCCCACGAGCUUCGCAAUCCUCGUCUACAUGUACAACGGAAACACAAGCAGCGGGCCAGAGAGAGGCUUUGUCCCCUGCCACAGGCAAUAAAGGCGAAGGAGACAGCCCUACAUCCGGUUCGGUUUCAACCGGUGGUCGGUCGGAACAACAAUCUACGAGCGGCACAACGGGGUCAGGGAACAGAAAUUGUGCAAGUUCGGGUCCAGUUGUAGUGAUUGUUGGGCAAGAUUCGAAAGAAAGCGAGAGUCAAGAAGAGUCCCUGGAUGCUUUGGUUGUGGAAGGAGAGGAGGGCGGUGCCAUGACAACUGUCACCAUGCCGCCUGUCAAGCAAACCAGUGAGGGGAUGUUGCGGGACAAAGAUACAAAGCGAAGUACCAGUUUCAAACAGUCCAUUUUCCGAAGGAGUUCCAGGCAAGCUAAAGAACGUCAAAGCAGUGAGUUGACCUCGAGGGAGCCUCUGUCCAGUGAAAGUGAAGUAGACAGUGGCAAUAAUGCCACAGCUGCUCCUAAUCAACCCUCCCCCAUCCAUGUUUCCCGAUCCUGUCCGUCCGAGCUUCCGCUCUUGGACCAAGCGCAGCAGCAACAGCAGCACCUGGGCUUUGAGACGUCCGGCUCUUCCGUUGGCUCACCUACGGAGAAGCUGUCCCCUACGGGCAAGGAGGACAAGUCGCCCAAGCCCGUCAAGAGGAACAGCAGCAAGAAAUCCCCAUGGUACACGGUGCUGUCAGCUUCCUACAAGUCCAAGUCAGAGGAAUUCCGCAAGUACUUCAAAAACAUUCACAACAGUGAAAAACUUAUUGCAGAUUACUCCUGUGCCUUGCAGAAGGACAUCCUGGUGCAAGGGAGGAUGUACGUCACCGAGAAUUGGCUCUGUUUCUACGCCAACAUCUUCAAGUGGGAAACCCUGCUUACUAUUAGACUGAAGGACAUCACUGCCAUCACCAAAGAGAGGACGAUGCGACUGAUACCAAAUGCGGUGCAGAUAGCAACCGAAAGCGAGAAGCAUUUCUUUACCUCCUUUAUAUCCAGGGACCGGACUUUUCUGCUUCUCUUCAAGGUGUGGCAGAAUGCCCUGCUGGAUCAGAAAAUGCCCCCUUCAGAAUACUGGAUGCGGGUGCACAGCAACUACGGCACCAACCUGGGGCUGGCAGCAGACGAGCUGCCGGAGGACUACGUUUGCCCCGACUUUUCUCCAGACGAUACAGAGAUUGGCGAGAUGGGCGAGUUUGACGAGUCCAAGAGCCAGGGGACGGAAGGGAUGGAGGAAGAAGACGAUGAUGAUGAUGAGGAGGAAGAGGUUGACAAUGAAGAGCUGGAAACACUUGAGGGGUCAGAGGUUGAGGGUCAACGCCUCACCAUUUCCGGCGACACAGGGGGUACACCUGAUGUCCCAGCUUCAAAAGCGUUGGAUGAGGAAGGUGAGGUCCAGUCAUUGGAGCCGAAUCCCUUGCAUCCAGAAGCCAAGGAGUAUAUGAACUCGUACUUCAACGUGACGGUGGACAAGUUCUUUGCAGCGCUGUACAAGAAGGAACACCCCUUCUACAGGAAUUUCCUGCUCCACAGAAAGCAUACUGAUAUUGACAUCGGUGAAUGGGAGCAGAGUGAGGAGAGGGACGUCAGGAGCGUAUCGUACACAUUCCACUUGAACAACACCGUGGGGCCAAAGUCGUGUGGUGUAGAGGAGCGUCAAAUAUUUUUCAAAAACUGGAGUCGGCCCGGCCACAGCUACGUGAUCAACCUGGAAGUUUGGCAGAAGGGGGUCCCCUAUGCCGAUUAUUUUUACACUGAGGCACGGAUGGUGAUCACCAGGGUUUCCAGUUCUAGCUGCCACGUGAGGGUAACGGCCCAUCUCGUCUACAAGAAGUCACCGUGGGGACCCAUCAGAAGCUUCAUUGAAAGGAACUCGGAGAGUGGCAUCAAAGUCAAGCACGUUGAACUAGACACAUACGUCAGACAGCAUUUGGAAAGCAGGAAGCCGGCUAAAGAUGCCACCAAGAAGGCAAGGAAGAGGAAACUGGCAGGCAUGGCUAUCAAGGAAGACAAGGAGGAGUUGGCCCGGCCCAUCAGGAGGAUGGAUUCGAUGCCAGUAAUUAACACCAAAUCAACGUUAUUAGCAAAAUAUCUACCUCCUUGGCUUCGGACAGAUUCCCGAAACAUCAUGCUGCUCAUAUGUAUAUUCUUAACUCUCCUGUCAAUAGUCAACGUGUCAUUGUUUCUGCAACUACAAACCCUAGAGCAGCUAGCAGUCAGAACCGAUCAUGAAUGGUCAGCAGGGAGUUUUGCAGACAGAUUCAAAGAUGUUCCCCAAACCAAAGAAGAGUGGUCAGUUUUACUCCAGAAGCAGUUAUAUUACCACGAGUUAGAGAUGGAACGGUGGCGUGAGGUGCUAGGACUCUGCAUCGAACUCAUGAAAAAGAUGGAACUGACAUUACAAGAACUCCACACGGGCAUCAAACCCACCAGGAUACCAGACUUGGACAAGGUCCUCCAGCACAUGAAGGAGGGGGCUCAUGACCCUGAAGAGUGACCGUGUACUCGUACCUCGGGGAGAGAAAUUGUACGACAGCAAGCUUGGGUGAGAGGGUUUGGGAAUACUUUGUAAAUGGUGAACAGAUAGCAUUGUGGGCUGCACAGCCCAAAGGGAGGAUCUGCAGAUGACACUGUGUGGCCUAAACAAGAAUACCAGUGAUGGACAAGUGUGAGUGACACUCAACGUGCAUGGCCAAAUUUUCAACAUGAUGUGCACAUGAUUUUCACUUUUAAAAGAGCUGCAUAGGUGCCGAAGUGCAUGUCACGUUCUAUAUGGACAUGUGUGUGCAGUGGUUCUCAAGUGAAUGACACCAAGUACGUGUGACUAAAUUUCCAGCAGAAUGUGUACAAAUAUAGGAUCUUACUCAGACGGGAAGCCACCCUUGACCAUGUGCUGAAAUGCCUUUCGGUACGGUUCCUCAACGCUGAGAGUGCCAUUAUGCAGAAAGGUUAAACGCCAACCCAGUGUCGGUUGGAGCAAGAAAGAGGACUGAUUCUUAAAUCAAUGCAAGGCAACUGAAACAAAGUUGAUCUUUGGCAAGAGCUUCUCCCUGAGAUUCCAGGACGUUCUCAUACAGAGUCAACUCUGAUGACAUUCUUCGAGUGUUUGCCACUGACGUGCAGUCAGUGCCCAGAUGUUAUCAACAGCUACGAUUAACAUGUUAAAAGUGGCCGACACAAUACAGUAGAACCCUGUUUCUCCACAUCUGCUGGUGAUCUCGUUGAUGUGUAUCGGUGGUGAAAAACUGGAGCUUCGGACCAGAGAAACCUGGCUCAUUCGUCUUUUUUAUAAAGAGGAAUAGAAUAUGGUUAUAUUUUUAUUUCUUACGAUUAAUUCCCAUUCAGUGAGCAGGAGUUUUAUAAUUUGAUACAUUUUUACUCGAGUGGGGUGUCAUCCCGGCAUACACCCCCCCUGGGGAUUCAACUCAGACGAUACAUAAUCGUUACGAAAUAGUGAUACCAAAUACACUUAGUCUCCAAAUAUAGACAUUCCCUCCGUAACAAUGCAGUUGUCAUGGAACUGUCAUCAGAGAGGUUGUUGAUUGCUGAAUGACGUCUAUGUCAUGACUAUUUAAAAAGAUAAAAUUUCUUUCAAAAGAGGCAAAUUUCCGAGACCUGUUUUAAAAAUUGCUUUCACACCCCUCUGAGGCCAGGUCGUUUUGUCCAUACAUUGUCAGGAGAGAGUAGGGGAGUCAGGUUGGUGUGGUGGCUCUCUCCCUAGCCUUCCACCUCUGCAGCCCUGGGGAUUGAAUCCCAACCAGGCCGACAUGUGGAUUGGGCUUUCAGUCCCUGCCUCAUUUCACGGGUGUCCGUGGCAUGUUUACCUGGGUUUUUCCUCCCACCUCUAAAUCACAAAGAAGUGAUCAGAAAUCAACAGCCUCAUUUAAUCAGACAAGUAAUAAGGUACGUGUACUCUUGUAAACUUAUUCUGAUACUUUUUUCCAAGCAAAACCAAAAUUGAGAGAGAAACUUCAGGGUUAAUGUUUUUUCCAGGAUGGUAGGCUGUGUCACCUUUAUUGUCAAAACUGAAAACACCAAGGUUUUACAUUGAUCGUUCCGCUGCCCCAAAGGAUUGCUUUGUAGCUGUGGACAAGCCUACCAUGACAACUGGUACUCCAAGAGAUGCUCCUGAGACCAAAAAUUGAAGAUGUACCACUUUCAGAUUGGCCUAGAAUAUCAUUUUUAAAUGGUGCUGCCUAGUGAAUUGAUGUUGAAUAGGUUGGCAGUGUCUGACUAAUUGGGCUGUGGCUUAAACUUACACAAAUGUGUAUGAGAGUUGAUGAUAGUGGCUGCAGCGACUAUCCACAGUAUUGUAUGUAAUUUGAAGCCACAGCCAAGUAACUUGGGCUCUGCCUAUUUGUUUUCAUAUUUAAACACUCUGAUCAAGACAUGGUAAAGUUUAUACCUAUAUAGGGACAUUUCCAAAACCUGUGUGUGGUUCUAAGCUUCAGGUGCGAGCCCAAUUUUAAGGUGUUGGACACCUGGCUUUAAAGACUUCCUGGGAAAAUUAGGGAUUGUCAGAUCCUGUAGGCAUGAUAGUACGUUUUUCAAGUCUGUUACUUGAUGUGCUGUAGCAUUUAGUAUUGUUUCAACUUGCACCUUCCCAAUCUUCUUCCCACUGGCAUUUUCCUGACAUGAGGCGAUAUUUUGGAAUGUCAUGAUACAGUUUGAACAUUCUAGGCUUCUAGUUGUGAUGGGAUCUCACAAAAGUCCUGUGUAGGUUCUUUAUUCCAGGUAUUUCGCUUUGGAAAGGGAAAACUGAGCAAUUAGUUUGGCGAUAUCGCUGGUUUGGCUUCUGGAUGAAAACGGGCAUUGUGCUGAAACUUUGCUUGGUGGUAGCAUCAAGGAGUGAAGGUGUGCAGUAUCAUCAUAUGACUGCUGGCCUCGAGCUACAUCAAGAGAGGGCACUAUUUUCUCAGCUGUGGAGGCUCCUCUGUAGGCAGUGGCGUAACCACUGGGGGGGGAUGUGCCCCCUAAAUUCCCGUAUGGCCCCGCCCCCGAAAAAAGGGAUGAAUGUAUAUUGAACAAGGCUAACAAAAGCUUGCCCCCAAAACCACACCACUGAAAGCUGUCCCCCCCAGUAAAAUCCUAGGUACGCCACUGACCGUAGGGCAUUGCAGUGGUCGAAAACCUGGAGGAUUCAAGUGGAUUUGGAGCAAGGAGCCCGCGUGCAAGAUGCUGUCCCAGAGGCCUUCAGCUUCAAACCGGGCAGUUACUUGCGACUGACUUUGGUAGGUUGGGUCGAUUACAGUUACGAAGGCACCGACGAAGCCAGAGCGCUGUCAGCGAUACCAAAGCCACAGACGGGGGCCGUCUCGGUACAUAGCCCCGACUGCACCGUACAGAUAAUUAUGAAUGAAAUAAUGUGCAAAUUAAUGUGUAUAAUUCAAGACAUUUUUCCUGGCAGACUCACCACUGUAAGACACAGCCAUUUCAAAUCUUCCAAGAAUUCUUUCCUUUCAUGCAAAAAAUGUUUAUUUUACUUUAAAAAAGUUACAGUUAAAAAAAAAAGGACAGGAGAAAUUGAAACUAUGUUUAAAUCACCAUUGCGGUUUUCUUGAAAGGUAUUUAUUAAGAGAUUAUAUCCGUAAAUUUGUUAUAUACUUUGUACAGUGUAAUACCCACUUUAAAAAAUAAAACCGCUCUGUAGAUUAAUUGUCGUGCUACGGUACACUAAAUGCAUAAUGCACACAUGAUAUUGUCUAGUGUUAGCACAUUGUGGUCUAGUGUAAUAGCAGUUGUAAGCAACUAAAGAUUGAUGUUUCCUGGAAUGGUAAUUUUGGGCUCAGAGCUGAUGUCCAUGGGCAUGAUGACAAGGAUUUGUUUGCCAGUUUGCGAAGUAGUUUUAACCAGUAGCAAUGGAGGGGGGUAUAUGUCGGUUUCCCUAGGAAAUUGCUGAUUUCCCUCCCCUUUCAUAUGUUUUCAUUACUUUUGCUUUAAAAAAAUGUUAGAUGGGGGAUAAGCCCAAGUUGACGAAAGUUGAGUGGUAAUGACGUGACCAAAACUACUUGUGACCCGUCAAGACAAAAUGAGCGUCAAGCUGCACCAACUAAAUUUGAAGGGAGUUUCAGUUAUUCUGUUUUGUAAUAUUUUUGAUGAUCUUAAGAGGAUCAGAUUUUUUUACACCCAUUGUCUUGACACUGACGAUAGCAUUAUUUUUGCUCGAUCAGAAAUGUUGAAACUCUCGGAAACAAAGACGCAAAGCUGCCGGAAUAAUGUCGCAUUUGAGUCACUCUUCGUUUUACUAAUGGUAAACUCUUUUUCUAUUGGAUUAAAAAUACCAAUAUCUCAAUUUCCAAAAAAUCUGACUUUCAGCUCAUUUUGUCGCGACAAGUCAGGAUUGUGUGUGCCCUUUCAUAUAUGCAAUAUCAAAGACGCUUUACGAGACUGUGUGUGAUGCAGCAGCUUAUGAUGUACUGGUUUCGUGUUUCGUAGGCUGAAUUGUCAGAGAUGCAGCCUAAGCAGAUUUCACAGGUGCAAAUGUACAGGUGCAAAUGUACAGGUGCAAAUGUACAGGUGCAAAUGUACAGGUUGAACUUCGUAUGUAGAGUUAUUACUGAGUUAUUACUGAGUUCAUGUUUUGGCAGGCGGUACCGUUUCACUUUGGGGGAAAAACAGUCAGUUUAGGGCUGGCCCUAAAUUUUGUUCGACAAAGUCUAUGACACACUGUGGAUAUUUUCUUGUGUUUUAAGCAGAGUGCAAAAGAGGACGACUAGCCGUGAGUUGGAAAACCAGGCAAUCGGUAAGGUUGCAAAAGAAACGCAAAGUCAGAUGCUGGACAGGGUCCGAAAAUGCAAUGGCUUGGCAUCCCCGAACUAUAUUGAGGCGUCCGGGGGUAAGGUCCCCCGGUAACAUGUUUUGAAAAGGACAUCAAAGUCUUCAAUAUGGUUUCCCCAAAGACAAAUCCAAAACUUCUGUAUUUUGCUUGUUUAAAGAGUAAAAUUCUCUGCGUACGCCCUCACUGGACACGCUAAUCAUAUUAUUUACACAAUCCUUUUCUCAUGUUUGCACUCAGCGUUGCAUCUCCCAGAAGUAUGUCCGCUUCGCCAUCUUUGAGGUGCAGUCUAUUGAACGUUUCUGGUGGAAAUAAGGGACUUUCCUUGUACAAUAAAAACGACCUCCACAGGGUGAGAGUAUCCGAGAACAAACCGCGGCCUCUGCGAAGCAAUACUUUUCAGCUGGAGUUUGUGGUACUAAUUCCGAUGGUUUUUUUUGGGGGGGGGUGGGGCAAAGCCUGCAGCAAACAGAUGUUCCUUUCAUAUCUGGCUGCAUUUAUGUUUAUACACCUUUGUAUAGUGUGUUUUGUAUUUAUGUAUUUUUCUUAAUGGCGGAAUCAUUUAUAUGAAUCAAUCGCCCUAAACCCAUCCUACCACCGGAAUAACUACCGUAUGUAACUUACCGUGUGUGGUAUCCAUUACCAAGCACUGAGCAGAUAUCUGUACAAUAUUGCCUUGAUAAUACCAGAACAAUAGUAGAUAUAUUAUGCACCUGAAACUGUAGCCAGUAUUUUGUAUUGGUUAGAAAAUUAGUUUCUUAAAAAGGUGGUCUCCAGUUUUCAUUUGAGACCUUUGUGCAAUUCAAUUAAGAUUUUCAUUUUAGGCAAAUGGUUUUACGUUGGCAGUGAUUCGACAGUAAUGGACACCAAUCGACAGUGGUUUUCAGCAGGGUAUAAGAUGUAGUUGGUAUAAAAUAGAAUAAUUAUUGAAUUGUGGGCUAUCAAGAUGUUUAACGGCGUAGUUUCCGUGACUCUUAGAAAUUGCGCUGAAACUGACGUCAUACACAAAUCGUCAUUACGGGAUGGUUUUUAUUUAUGACAAUGAAUAAUUGAAAAUAUGUGAUUUAUUCAUGUGUUCUAAGCAGCGUUUCAAAACGUGAAAAUGAGGAAUGGAACCCCAGAAGAUCUGGCACCACUCUCAUUUGAUAAAUUACAUCGAGUAUGAUAGAUUCAGGGGACCUGAUCAAAAAUAGCUUCCUUUAUGCAUAAGGUCUUCGAAGAAUACUGUUACAACGCCCAAGACAUUCAUAAUGCAUUUCGUUUUAUUUUCUGCAUAUUGAUGGUGGAUGUUGCAACUCUACAUUUGAGGCCAAUAUCAAGACGAUACGAGACCAGAUAAAGUCAAAUUAAAUGUAUAAUAUAUGAAUUGUUACGAUAAACGUAAAGGAUUGGGUAUGGAAAUGUAAAGAAGUUUUGUAAAUACGAUUGUCAGAAGUUGAGAAAAUAUUCAAUAAAAUGCUACGAUUUGCUUUUUUUU